AUGGGAACCGGAAAGAAAGAGGCGAGCCGAAAGGUUCGCCAGGGCAAGACCGGCGAUGGCAUGGGCAAUGUCAAGGUCAAGGGCGAGAACUUCUACCGCUCUGCCAAGCGGGUUAGGCAACUCAACAUGUACAAGGAUGGCAAGCCCCAGCGCAACGCCGAUGGCGAAAUCACAAAGGCCGCCUCGUACCAGAGUCGAGAUAUCCCUACCGCCCGGAUCGAGCCCAACCGCAAGUGGUUCGGCAACACUCGCGUCAUCUCUCAGGAGAGCUUGACGGCGUUCCGCAGCGCCAUGGCGGAGAAGGCCGCGGACCCUUACUCGGUCCUGCUCAAGAGCAACAAGUUGCCCAUGUCCCUGAUCAAGGACGGUUCCGACACCAACGGCCUCAAGAAGCACCAGGCCAAGAUGACGAUUGAGACCUCUUCUUUCGGAGACACCUUCGGCCCCAAGUCGCAGAGAAAGCGCGUCAAGAUUGGUGCGGGCUCCAUUGCCGACUUGGCCGGUGACGUCGACAAGGACCUGGACAGCUACAACGAGCGCCUCGAGCAAGCCAAGCUGCUCAGCGGGAACUCUGGAGCGGACCAGGAUGGCGAGGACGAGAGCCAUGUCACCAUGUCGAUCGAGCCCAUCUUCAACAAGGGUCAGAGCAAACGUAUUUGGAACGAGCUGUACCGUGUGCUGGACUCUUCCGACGUUGUCAUUCAUGUCCUGGACGCCCGCGACCCUCUGGGAACGAGGUGUCGCAGUGUCGAGAAGUACCUCCGCGAGGAGGCCCCUCACAAGCAUCUCAUCUUCGUCUUGAACAAGACGGACCUGGUGCCCACCAGCGUUGCUGCCCGUUGGGUAAAAUACUUCUCCAAGGAUAAGCCUACUUUGGCCAUGCAUUCGAGUUUGACAAACCCCUUCGGCAAGGGUAGUUUGAUUGAGCUUCUGAGACAAUAUGCCAAGCUUCACAGCGACCGCAAGCAGAUCUCAGUUGGUCUCAUUGGCUACCCCAAUGUCGGCAAGAGCAGUAUCGUCAAUACUCUGAGGAAGAAGAAGGUUGCCACCGUCGCGCCCAUUCCUGGCGAGACCAAGGUCUGGCAGUACAUCACACUCACCCGCAAGAUCUACAUGAUUGACUGCCCUGGUAUCGUACCACCUUCGCAGACCGAUACCCCUCAGGACUUGCUCCUCAGAGGUGUUGUUCGUGUCGAGAACGUCGAAAACCCAGAGCAGUACAUCCCAGCUGUCCUCGCCAAGGUCAAGACGCACCACAUGGAGAGAACAUACGAGCUCAAGGGAUGGAACAACCACAUGGAGUUCCUCGAGAUGAUCGCCCGAAAGAGCGGCCGUCUGCUGAGGAAAGGAGAGCCCGACUUGGACGGAGUCGCCAAGAUGGUUCUCAACGACUUCAUGCGUGGAAAGAUCCCUUGGUUCACUCCUGCCCCCGUCGAAGAAGAGGGUGAGGAAACAAGUGAGGGCAUCGAGGGACGUAGCGGCAGACUGGGUGAGAUGCCUCAGAAGCGGAAGCGUGCGGCGGCCGAAAUGGCCGAGAGUGUGGCCGAUACGUCAAUGGGCCCCUCCUCCGUUGGUAGCGACAGCGAUGAGGAAGAGGAUGAUGAGUUCGAAGGUUUUGACUCUGACGACAAGGCCAAGGGCGACAAGUCCUUGGCCAAGGCAUCUGAAGGCAUUGACGACGACUCGGACGACAUGAUACCGCUUGAUGAAAUAUCAGACGAUGACUCUGAGAGCGAAGAUGGUGGUGACGGCGCGGCAUCAGAGACGAGCUACAACACGUCGGUUAAGGCCAUCUCUGACCGGAGUGCCAGCAACGCCUCGAAGAAGAGGAGAAAGACAUGA